CCAAAGAAAUGAACAAAAAAGUGAAGCGUAGGAACAAACAAUACUAAAAAUGUGAUAUAGAUGAAGAAAGAUGUGUAGAAACAGAACUUUCCGUGGGGAAAAGACGAAAUUCUAAUUCUAUCAAAAUUAAAUGAUGAAUCUUCAAAAUUUGUACAAAAACAACAUCCUCGUUUAUAUACAAAUUCAUUAAAUUUCAUUGUAGAUAUUGGUUUCCAUUGCCGUCCGUCCCUUUCUCCUUCCCGCGCGUGCUUUCCUCUUUUCUCCAUUUCUCUUCCUCGCGGCCGCUUCUCAUCUCCUCCUCUUCUCAGAUCUCCAAUCCGUUUUGCAGCCCCCUCUCCUCGCCGUUCGUCUCCCUCUUCUCAGCCGUCUGUUUACACAGUGUUCUCAAUCAGCUCUGACGGCGAUCUCAAAUUGAGAUGAUUGUAAUGUACACAUAGCUUGUGAUUGUAUUAUGAAAGUUAUGAUGUUGUACUUCACGUCUGCCGGCUGAUUGCGCCAGGUUUCGAAGCUAAAUUUCACUGCCGACCAUUAUGAAUUACCUGCUUGGAGCUUUUAAGCCAUCGUGCAAUGUAUCAAUUGCAUUUUCAGAUGGAAAAACACGCAAGCAGGUUCCACUAAAGAAGGGAAAUGGUCAAACAGUUUUGGUUCCCCUCUUCCAAAGUCAAGAGAAUAUUACUGGGAAGGUAACAAUAGAUCCUCUACAAGGAAAAAAAGUUGAUCACAAUGGUGUUAAAAUUGAGCUUCUUGGUCAAAUCGAGAUGUAUUUCGAUAGAGGCAACUUUUAUGACUUUACUUCUCUUGUUCGUGAAUUGGAUGUUCCGGGAGAAAUCUAUGAAAGGAAAACAUACCCAUUCGAAUUUUCUACAGUUGAAAUGCCCUAUGAGACAUAUAAUGGGGUGAAUGUGAGGCUGAGGUAUGUUCUCAAAGUUACCAUCAGUCGUGGUUAUGCUGGUAGCAUUGUGGAAUAUCAAGACUUUGUGGUUCGCAACUAUUCUCCACUUCCAUCAAUUAAUAACGCUAUCAAGAUGGAAGUCGGAAUUGAAGAUUGCCUGCACAUCGAGUUUGAGUAUAACAAAAGCAAGUACCAUCUCAAAGAUGUUAUAAUUGGCAAGAUUUAUUUCCUGCUGGUGAGAAUUAAGAUAAAGAAUAUGGAUCUGGAGAUCAGGCGUCGAGAAUCAACAGGAUCUGGUGCUAACACUCAUGUCGAGACAGAGACACUAGCUAAAUAUGAGCUGAUGGAUGGAGCUCCAGUAAGAGGUGAAUCUAUUCCAGUCAGACUCUUUCUUAGCCCUUACGAGCUGACGCCUACACAUCGUAACAUCAACAACAAAUUCAGUGUGAAGUAUUAUUUAAAUCUUGUUCUUGUUGAUGAAGAGGACAGACGCUAUUUCAAGCAGCAGGAGAUCACUAUAUAUAGGCUUCAGGAGACAACCUGAUUUUCCUCAUCUCCAAAUGCCGUUAGAUAAAGUGGGUUUUGGAAAGUUGGUCCACUACUUGGAGCGCUUUUGUAAAGCUUUUUAUUCUGGAGAAUAUCUAUUUCUUGUCCAAGCAAAAUGUUUGGCUGCUUGCUUAGGCAUGAAAUCUUGGUUGCUGGUAUGUCUGAUGUGUUGAUUGUAUGAACACGGUUAACAAAUUGUUGCACAUUUCGUCACGAGCAACAAGAUCUGAUUUUGGGUGUAGUUAAUUGUAGAUUAUAUUUUCUUAUUGUGAUGUAAAUACUUUCUUCUAAUUCCUAUUUUGUUUUCUUAA